AUGACUUCAGCUGUGGGCACGAUACAUUUCCCCGGAAAGAGUGUGUAUGUGAUCCACCCCGAAAAGUUUGGCGGCACCAAGGCGUUCGCCAAAACCCGCGAGCGAAGUCUUAUGGCGGGAUUCUGGCUUGCAUACGACAAGGCGAUUGGUCUCAGCCCCGGCAGCAAGCACUGGAUGUGCCUCCCAGAUGACGACGAAUUCCGAAAGGCACUAGUCAAGGUGUUCAAGGCGCAGUUCUUGGAUCUGGGCCUCCUCAAGCACUACUCCGCUGGGGUGGAUGAGAGGGUUGGAAAAUACUGGGAUGAACGGUUCACCGAUGGUGCUCCUCUGAAAUUGAACCUUGGAGCGUGGAUCUAUGACGAUCUUCUCCGUGCAUUCUCGUCGUUGUUCUGGGACGAGGAGGGUCCAUUCCAAGACCGGGAAUUGCGUGAGCAAACAUCUAUCUUCCUAGGGAACCUACACAAUCUCAUGGCCCCUAUGGAGUUUCUCAACUCGAGCCAAGCUCGUCGAGCUCGAGCUUUCGUCCGGCAGAAGCUGGAUACUGGCCAUGUUGAUUCCGAGAAGAGCCCCGACAAGACCACGUCGAACGGCAAAGGGGAAGAAGCAUCCAAGCCCGCAGGGCUCUUGGCCGCUAUUCGCCAGCACCUCUUCCAGUGGGAUGCCUAUGAGCCACAUGCAUGGGUUGACUAUCAGAUCAGCGUGGUGGCCGUAGUGUUGUCCAACAUUGUGACCGCGAUCCAGUGGACGCUGCUGUACAUCUUGUCGAGACCAGAGCUCAAGGCCCAGAUCAUUACGGAAAUCCGGACCUUGGUCGAGCACUGUGAUGGCGUCGAGGGAAGCACAGGAAGCCCCGUUAUCGACGCCGCCAAGAUCCGCGAGUAUUGCCCCCACCUCCUGGCAACGUGGUACGAGAUGUUGCGCAUGAAUGGCGCAGUCCCCGUAGCCCGCUACAUCACCGACAAUGCUGUGUUCAUGUCCAAGUACGAACUCAAGAAAGGUUCCAUCAUGGUAUCACCCAUGGCAGUACGACACUUCAACCCAGAUAUCUGGGGACCGGAGCCCGAGUCUUUCCACCCGGAGCGCAUGAUAAAGGAUGGACAAGUCAACACAGAUAUGACACGGCAGCUAGGCACGUUCGGAAUCCCAGGCGUCGGAAUCUGCCCCGGUCGGUACCUGGCCUUCAAUGUUGCCAUGUCCAUGCUGGUCAAGAUGUUGGUUAGUUUUGAUAUUGACUGCCCAGAAGGCGGCAUGCUGGCUCAAGGAAUCGUGCCAAAACCUAAGGGGCACAUGUCACUCGGCAUGUCGGAGCCCGAGCAAGACCCUGAGGUUCUAUUGAGCCGGCGUGCGGGUGCCGCAUCUGUAAAGUUUGACUUUACAAACAUCAAGCCUGGGUGGUAG